AUUACAAUUUCUGUGUCUACUGCUUGUCCUUGGUAUUUUAUUUAUCUAUAAAUAUUAAUUACUGGCAAGCCUAUAAUUUAUUUUUCAAUCCUCUCCUCCAAGCAUAUUUUCUUAUUCUUGGAAUUUUAAUUACGGUUGAUUGAAAAAAUGUAAAUUUUACAUAAUAAUAUGACAAUAGAGUCGAUAAACAAAUUUUCAAAUUAAUUUUUAUCUCCAUCAAGUAUAAAAAUAAUAUUAACACAAAAAAAAGGAAGUUUUACACAAAAUUCGUAUAUAAUGUUUUUUGUUCUUGGAAAUGACCAAGUUAAAAUUUUUUAAUGUAAAUUUUAAUGUAAAUAUAAUAUAAAAUAUAAUCUUUAUCUGUUUUUUUUUUUAAAUUGUUCUUGCCACAUUAUUCAAAUGUAAAAAUUCUAUUCUUUUUAUGUAAAUAAUAUACUAAUUACUUUUCUCAGUGUCUCGAUAAUCCUUGAAAAACUGUUUAUUUUGUUUCUUAUUAAAUAUAUAUUUAUUUAGUUAGUUUCCAUGUAGAUAUAAACAAGGAAAAAAUUUUAUUUUUACAUCAGCUUUUUUUUUUAUUAUUUAUUCUACGCAUCAUUGUCAGCAAAGGUCAUAACUCACUUGAUCAUUAUGACCAUGAGAUAAAUUUUUUUUAUCAAACAUUUGCGCUGUCAUUUAAUUACAAACACUUGCACAGACAACUGCAUAUAUAUGUGUUUCAGUUUUCGCAUUAGACUGAAAUGUUUAGUGCAUUAUAGACUUGCAUGUCUAAAAGAUCUGUAGCUGAAUUUUAAUAUUCGCUUCGAUAGUUUUUUUGUAAUGAUGGAUACUUGGACGUUGCUUUUGAGUUUUUUAGUUUUUAUAAUUGUGUAUAUUUAUUUUCAAUCUGGGAAAGUGAAGUAUUUUGAAAAACAUGAAAUUCCACAUAUUAAACCAUGGCCACUGUUGGGAAAUAUGGGAGCAUCAUUGUUUCGGAGAAUUUCAGUGUUUCAUUACAUCCAAAAUGUGUAUAAUAUAAAUAAAGAUGCUAAAUACGUUGGUUUUUAUGACUUUGGUAGUCCAACUGUACUAAUACGUGAUCCAGAACUAAUUAAAUCAAUUGCUAUAAAAAAUUUUGAUCAUUUUGUUAAUCAUCGUUCUUUUGUUAAUCCCGAAGUAGAGCCACUUUUUGGUAACAAUCUUUUUUCAUUACACGAUGAUAGGUGGCGAGAAAUAAGAAAUCUUCUUACUCCUGCCUUUACAUCAAGUAAAAUGAAAGGAAUGUUUAAAUUAAUGUCAAAUUGUGCUGAAAAUUUUGUUGACUACCUUGUGAAAGAUUCAAAAGAAAAACCACUUGAAAUAUUUUCGAAAGAUGCAUUUUGUCGUUAUACAAAUGAUGUUAUAGCAACUUGUGCAUUUGGAAUAUCAAUAAAUUCAAUGAAAGAUAAAACUAAUGAUUUUUAUGUACUUGGUAGAAAGGCUACAAACUUUGAAGGAUUAAUGUCCGUAAAAUUUUUCUUUGUUCGGAGUUUUCCAAAUUUCUCAAGAUUAUUCAACAUAAGAAUAAUUGAUAGUAGAGCAGAUGGAUUUUUCAAAAAAAUUGUAGAAGAUACAGUACGUACAAGAGAUGAAAAAGGAAUCACAAGACCAGACAUGAUUCAAUUGAUGAUGGAGACAAGAGCCAAUAAGACUGGACCAACUCUUUCGAUAGGAGAUAUGACAUCACAAGCUUUCAUCUUCUUUUUUGGGGGCUUCGAUACGACAUCGAGCCUCAUGUCAUUCGUUGUUCACCAAAUCGCUGCUAAUCCUGAGAUUCAAGCAAAGCUUCAAAACGAAAUUGAUGAAAUGUUAGAAAGAACAAAUGGGGAUGUAACAUAUGAAGCUGUAAAUAGACUUGCAUAUCUUGACGCAGUCAUUAACGAAACACUCAGAUACUAUCCGAUUGCUGGAUUUCUUGACAGAGUUUGUUCGAAAAGUUUUGAAUUACCUCCAACAUUGCCAGGAGCAAAACCACACCGCCUUGAACCUGGUGAUUUUAUAUGGUUUCCAGUUUUUGCAAUUCAAAGAGAUCCAAUAUAUUUUGAUGAACCUGACAAAUUUUAUCCAGAUAGAUUUAUUGAAGACCCAAAAGGCACUUUGAAUUCUCCAGCAUACAUGCCAUUUGGUUUAGGUCCAAGAAUGUGUAUUGGCAAUCGAUUUGCAUUAUUAGAAACUAAAGUACUAUUAGUGCAUCUUGUUGCUAAAUGUCAACUCAAACCAGGUAAAAAAAUGAUUUUGCCACUUGAAAUUAGCAAGAGUAGUUUAGCAAUGGCAGCUAAAGGAGGGUUUUACCUGGAAAUUCAACCAAGAAAAACCCAAGAAAAAAAUUCGUGAUCGUCUGUGGAAGAUCGUUGAAGAUGUCACUUUUGCAGACUACAUCUACGACUAUAUAGUUAUAUAUAUCUACUAGCUGAUUAACCCGGCUUCGCUCGAGAUUAUUUUUACAAUUUUAGAGAUGUUAUCAAUUGUUUAAAAAAAUUAAUGACUUGCUAGCUCCAAAUAAUAUUUCUAUUCCAAACUUUUUGGUAGCAAAUAAAAGUCAGAAUUUUUUUCGAUGAAUUUUUUUUAAAUUUUUAUGCUAGUUUUUUUUUUUUAGAUAAUGGAUGUCAAAGUUGACAACUUUAACACAUAAGAAUAGGGGAAGAAUACACAUUUAUGCUUGUCGUUAAAAAAAUUUUUACUACUACUAUUUUUUAAUUAUCAGUCUGUUUUUCUUCACAAUACGGAUUACACACUGAAAACACGUUCCUGCUGCCGUAGCAGUAAAGUAGCAAAAUAGACUGCGAAGCGCUGAACUGCUGUAAGAGCAGUACACCCAACUUGGAAUUUCUGUACUGCUCUCAAAGCAGUACAGCACUGCUGCUGUAGCGGUAGACUUUACUGUUGAUGAGUUCAGGCGUAUGAGCGGUACAAAGAAUGCUGUAUGAGUAUGCUGUAAAGACUCAUUCGAUAAAUUAAAUGAUGUAUAUAUGUAUAUUAUUAAUAUUAAUUAUUAAUAAAUAUGAUUAUAUAUUACUAUUAUUAUUGAAUAUGAAUCGAUUUUAAAAUCUUGUAUAUUAUAAAAAAAUAUGGAUAAAGAAUUUGAAAAAAUAUAUUUUAUUUGAAUAUAGAAUUAAAAAAAAAAAAAUUUACAUUUUUAAUUUACCGUGUAAUAAUAAUAAAUUAACUUAUUGAUUAAACAAAGGAAUUGCAUUAACUAUAAUGAUAGUAUAAAAAUAAUAUUACACGGUAAAUUAAAAAUGUAAAAAAUUUAAUUUUUAAGGCAGUAUGUAAAUCUCAAAGUAGGACGACUCUUUGGGUGCAAAGGGGCACUCUGAUAACCAUAGUUCAAAAAAAUAAUAAGCGCCCCAUAAUGUCUGAAAUUUUUAUACUUUACUGCCGCAUCUCUAGAAGUAUGAGUGUGGGCGGCUCGUAUUUACACACACUAAUCUACUUCAGCAGAUUCUCAAUGCUUCGCCCGGUACUGUUUGACCCUAAAUUUUCGUCUUAAAUAAUGAAUAACUUUCAAAAUCCGUGGUAGAAAUCAAUGAUUUUUUUUUAUUAUCUUCGUAAUUUAAAGAAGUAUAAGCUGUAGUAAAAUGAAGGUUUUCUGUGAGAGCGUUUUUUCAAUAGAAGAGAAAACGAGCCGAUGCUUCCUAUACGUGUGUAAAAAGUGUUAAUUGUUGUCAACUUUGACCCUAAUUAUCUCACCUAAAUCGUGGUAGAAAAUUACAAAAAAAAUUUGAUAAAAGAGAUCUUUAUUUCACUUAAAAAAUAAGCCUCCUUUGAUCGAAAUCUGUGAGAGGGAAUCUUUUUUCAAUAUUUUGACAUACCGCCUUAAAAGAAAUGUUUAAUUGAACAUUUAAAAAAUUCUAAAUUUUAAUCCUAACCUAUAAGUGAUGUCAAAGUCGUGAACCGUAUAUGACCGCGCAUACAGACGUGCGCAUUCAGUUGCCACAGCAGUGCCUUGUACUGCUGAAUCAGCAGUACAGUUUACCGAGAAUAUACGGGUGCUUACUGUGGAUUUACAUGGACAUCCUGCUACUGUAGCGGUCUACCAUUACCGGUCUAAUAGCUAUUAGAAUAAUAAAUAGAUCUAGACCGUGGCAGGUCUAGACCGUGCCUGCAGCGGGAACGUUUUUUCAGUGCAUACUAUUGGGCCGAAACUUUGUUUGACGAUGGGAUUUACUUUCAACCUUAAGGUUGAUUCCAAGUCCCAUCGCCGUACCAAUAUUUAUGCCACGAAGGGCCCGUAUAUUAAUAACGCUAUUUUCUAUUCCCGUGUCCUGAAAUUUUUGUGGUGCCACUGAUGAAAAAACCAAGUUCUUUAGUAGUAUGUGUGUGCGCGAAAACACACGCUGAUCCAUGGAGCUGCAGCCCCUCUUGUCCUACGCUGUUGCAAGCUGACUUUUUGCUGACUGCGCAUUCAGCUGCGCAUGCGUGAUAAUAAACAGGAAAAAAUAAACACCCAAAAGCACCUAUUAGCAAACAAAGUUUGCGUCGUACAUAAAACCAUGCUUGUGUUCAUGUCAGUGUGCCGCGCAUCUAGCAAAGUUUAAUGUUUAAAAGUUAAAUAUUUAUUAAAAGAAAAGAAGAAAAAAUUGAAAUAAUUAUCAAAAUUUUGUCUCGUCCAGGGCUACAAUCUGAUAGUAAAUGUACAGUUUUAAAUCAACACACAAAAAAGUUAUUCGUAAAAACAUGAGGUAACGCGUAUACCUUGUGUGUUAAAGUUGUCAACUUUGACAGUAAAUAUCUCGCAAAAAGCAAACAAGAAAAAAUUCAAAAAAAUUCACAAUAUAGAUAAUUCUUUCAUUUAGAAAAUAAGUCAAAAAAAUCGAAAGUCUAUCAAUAAUUCAGAUAUUCGGAAUCAACCUUAAUUAUUUAAAUGAAAUUUUCUUUUUUAAUUUUUUGAAUGGAUUGAUAAGGUAUGAUGAUGAUUAUUGAAUAAUUUC